UUUCCAUUUGCUGUUUGGAAUACAUUUUUCUGUUUCCACAUUCUGCAAUCUGGCCAUUCUUGGCUUGCUUUGGAAUAUUUGUUGCAGCACGCUACUUGUGCUCAUACCUACUGGUACUAGCAUACUUCUCAUCGCCAUAGUCAGUGGAUUCAAGUGUUCAGAAUUUAGUUUCGCAUCGCUUGGCCUUGUGGAAAACAAGUGUGGAUCUGUGUACUUUUGGUUACUCCUUCGAAUUACAACGGAUCCAUCCCAAUUCUGUGAUUGUGUGACUAACCGGUUGGAGCCAAAGGAGUAUUACCAGCAGCACUGCACCAUGACGGAAAGCCGUGAUGUUUGCUUGGACUCGUACCAGCCCAUGUUCCGCGAGAAUCUGCUCCAGAAUCAGGUAGCCCUCAUCUCGGGCGGAGGCAGCGGCAUUGGCUUUCGCAUAACGGAGGUGUUCAUGCGCCAUGGCUGCGACGCGAUCAUCAUGGGCCGAAAGGAGCAGCGGCUCAGAGAAGCGGCGGCGCGGCUCAGCAGCGCCACGGGUCGCACGUGCAUCGCUGCGCCGUGUGACGUCAGACAGAGCGAAAUGGUGGACAGUGCACUGCGCGAGGCGCUCAGCAAGCUAGGCAACCGACAUGUGAAUAUCCUAGUCAACGGGGCUGCGGGAAACUUCCUCUGUGCUGCAGAUUCGCUUACGCCGAAGGGCUUCAGAACCGUCUUGGAUAUCGACGCGGUCGGCUCGUUCAUCCUGUCGCGCUGCGUAUACGACCGUUGCUUCAGCAAGAACGGCGGUGGUGUGAUACUGAACAUUUCGGCCACACUCUACUACAAGGGUGAUGUACUGCAGGCGCAUGCCGGGGCAGCAAAGGCGGCUGUUGACGCUCUCACGCGUCACCUGGCAGUGGAGUGGGGCGACCGCGGUGUUAGGGUUAACUCCUUGUCGCCCGGCCCCAUCGAGGACACGGAGGGCUUCGACAAGCUUGGCGGCAAGUCUCCCAUGGCACAGCGCAUGCUGCAAGCAAUACCGCUCGCUCGGUUUGGCACACGCACAGACAUUGCCAAUGCCGCAGUGUUCCUCGUCAGCCCAGCCGCUUCUUAUGUCUCCGGUAUAACCAUGGUGGUGGACGGUGGGGCAUGGAUGACGGUUGCCGUGCCGAUGAGCCAUGCCCGCAAACUCAUGCCCAGCAGUAAGCUGUAGUAGGCGUGUGUGUGAUGUGUGUGCGUGUGCACGUGUGUGUGUAGUUAUGUGCGUCUGUGUGUGUGUCUGUCUGUCGGUCUGUCAUCCUACAUUUCACUAGUGGAAUGACACAACACGACACCCCUUAGAUCUCCGAACAUCAUCUAUUGUCAAAUUUGAUAAUUUUCAGCACGCCUGGCGAGACGUCUAUUGCCUCUGCGUUAUUCCGUGACACAUUGACUUCCCCUUUUUGAAGACUUGAUGCAGCGUGAGCAAUUGUUGAUUGCUGCACAGUCGUUCCAGACAGACUCCCCAAUUAUUUUAUUAUUGCACCGUAUUCUCUAUAUACGUUCUUUAUCUUGUCUAAUUAGUAAUUUCCGAUGACGCAAUGUUUGUGCUUGAACCCAGGCAGCUGGCUGUCUUGGACAAGGCACCCUUUUCUUUUUUUGUUUCCUUUUUGUUUCCUGUUUUCUUUCGAGUCAUCAAUACCCCAUAGUCAUAGAAAAACUGGCAUUCGUCUCUCUGCAGCAGUUGUCUGCUUAGCGUUGAAAUUCUCCCUCCUUUUCAAAUUUCACGCACACAACAAUCGUAUCCAAUGACGAUAUUUCGUACAGCAAAAUAAUCCAUUGCAAGCUUUGCUAAAUGUAUUGUCAUCUAUACACUCUCA